CUGCAUGACUCCACGACCCAACCAACUCCUGCGCCCGAUACGAUUCUCCUCUCUAUGUUCCUUCCUUCAUCGAGUGAUCGUCCCGUCUACAGAUCUGCAAAUUAAUCACCAUCCGAGCUGGUCAUCUCCACCACCGCCCCCCGCGAAACUCAGCUAGUGCGCUGCAGCAUCCACCGAUCGCUAUAUGAGCUGAGCUGAGCUAGCCAUACAUACAUAUAGUAUACAGUCCGCCUGCCUGUCUGCCACCCACCUCACCGUAUCACCUCACCUCACCACCCGGCCUCACCAUCCACCAACCACCAAGACAGCACUAUAGCAACACCAACAUGUCCUCCAACGUCGGCCUCACCACACCCCGAGGCAGCGGCACCUCCGGCUACGUGCAACGCAACUACGCAUUCAUGAAGCCGCGCACGGCCGGCUACGGCGCGCCCUACCCGCCCGUCUCCGGCGCCAACUCCUCCUCCUCCUCCUUUUCCGACCCCGACCGUUCCUUCAAGCAGCGACAGCCCGAUAAACAGAUCCUGGAGCAUGAUCGGCGCCGCGCCGUCGAGGUCAAGGUUAUGGAGGAGAGGGAGCGGUUGGAGGAGGAGAAUGAGAGGUUGGAGGAGAUGGCUAUUGCUCUGAAGAAGGGGAAGAAGGGUGAGGAGGGGGAUAAGGAUGGAAAGGAAGAUGAAAAGGAGGAGGAGGAUGGUGAAGAGAAGAAGGGAACGAAGAUCCUCUCCGAAGAAGAAAUCGAUGAGCGGUGCGAAGUUCUCCGGAAGAAGCUGUUGAAGGAGUUGGAGAGGAAUGAGGAGGACAGGGCGAGUGGACGGCGCUCUGGUGGUGGCUCUGGUGGUUCUGGUGCGGGGGGGAGGAGGUGGGGUGGCGAUAUGUUGCCCCCUGCGAAGGGGAGACGACAGCUCAAAAGUUAUCAGGUUCAUGAGCUUGCGGAGGCCAAGAUUGAGGAGAGUGAGCGCUUGAGGAGGGCCCUGGGGAUUCGGGAGGAUAGGGAGACCGGUGAGAUUUCGGGCGGGUUUAGGCGGUAGAUUUGUUGGUUCGGUUUGGGGAUGGCGAUGCCACCCGGGGUUUUGUUUUCAGUCGUUGGGUUGGGUUUAAGUACAGUGGUGUCAUGGGUGUUUGGAGUUGAUGGGGUUCUUUCCUUUCUUUUCUUCUUUUUUUUUUUUCAGAUGAAGCUGGAUGAGGUUCGUGGGUAUGAAAAAGAAGUACGGGUUACAUACAUGACGACGAGCAAGAAUGUG